GUGGAAAAUCUCUUCCUCCCAUUAUUGUUAUUAUUAUUAUUAUUAUUAUUCUUAGUAGAAAACAAAAGCGACAAAAGGAGCCACCUUUGGCUUAUUCUCCGCAGAUUCUACAAGACCCACCUCCCCUUUCCCCCAAUUGAUCCCAGUUCCUAGGGUUUCGGAUCUCUGAGGAGGAGGGAGGGGGGAAAUGGAGAAGGGGAUCUGGGUUUUGGCCCUCCUCCUUUGUUCUUCGCCUUUUCUCUUCGCGAGGGUUGGGGCGUUCCAGGAGCUGGAGCAGAGCCACCGAACCGAGAGGAUCUCAGGAAGCGCUGGCGAUGUACUGGAAGACGACCCUGUUGGAAGGUUGAAAGUGUUUGUCUAUGAUUUGCCCAACAAAUACAACAAGAAGAUUUUGCAAAAAGACCCUCGAUGCCUCACGCACAUGUUUGCGGCGGAGAUUUUCAUGCACCGGUUCUUGCUCUCGAGCGCAGUCCGAACUCUUAAUCCUGAGGAGGCCGAUUGGUUCUACACUCCUGUGUACACUACGUGUGAUUUAACUCCCAGUGGGCUUCCCUUGCCCUUCAAGUCGCCGAGAAUGAUGAGGAGUGCGAUUCAGCUUAUCGCCUCGAAGUGGCCUUAUUGGAAUAGAACGGAGGGGGCUGAUCAUUUCUUUGUUGUCCCACACGACUUUGCGGCUUGCUUCCAUUAUCAGGAAGAGAAAGCGAUAGAACGUGGAAUUCUCCCGCUGCUCAAACGCGCUACAUUGGUUCAGACCUUCGGGCAAAGGAACCACGUUUGCUUAAAAGAAGGUUCCAUCACUAUCCCUCCAUACGCUCCUCCUCAGAAGAUGCAUGCUCACUUGAUUCCUCCCGACACUCCUCGAUCGAUCUUCGUUUACUUCCGCGGUUUAUUCUACGAUGUGGGGAACGACCCGGAGGGCGGUUACUAUGCAAGGGGAGCUCGUGCAUCGGUGUGGGAGAACUUCAAGGACAACCCUCUAUUCGACAUUUCGACCGAGCACCCGACCACCUACUACGAGGACAUGCAGCGCGCCGUCUUCUGCCUCUGUCCCCUGGGGUGGGCCCCGUGGAGCCCGAGGCUGGUUGAAGGCGUGAUCUUCGGCUGCAUCCCUGUCAUCAUAGCCGACGACAUCGUCCUGCCCUUCGCAGACGCGAUCCCGUGGGAGGAGAUCGGCGUGUUCGUGGCCGAAGAGGACGUCCCCAACCUGGACACAAUUCUCACCUCAAUACCGCCGGAGGUUAUACUGAGGAAACAGCGGUUGCUCGCGAAUCCUUCGAUGAAGCAGGCUAUGUUGUUCCCGCAACCGGCCCAGCCGGGGGACGCGUUUCAUCAGAUACUAAACGGGCUCGCGCGCAAGCUCCCCCACGACAAAAGCGUGUACUUGAAGCCGGGGCAGAAGAUCUUGAACUGGACCGAGGGGCCCGUGGGUGAUCUGAAACCUUGGUAGCGAGCAUUCGCUUUCUUCGAAUGCCGAAAACGAAAACAAAGCAACUGUGAAUCUCUGGGUUUUAUUAUCUUCGCUACCAUUACUGAAAAGAUGUGUAGAUUUGAACCUCCAAAAAUCAUGUUGUAGAUUUGAACCUCAAAAAAUUUAGUAUUUUUAGCCACUUGUUUCGCUGUUGCUGAACUUGUGGGCUAUUUCUUGUAGUUUGAUUUUGUGGUUUGUUCGAAAAAAAUAAAAUAUCAUAUAGAAAUUUGUUGCACUGUAUUGUCAAAUAAAUUACUAUGUAGUGAGGACAAAAUUUAUGUGAAACGGAGGAAAAUUUUUACUGUUGAAA